GAUGGGACUGUUAUCACUAGAGGGAAAUGACUGUUUGUGAAAGUCAACGGCUGUGUUGACGAACAUGUGACCUCUUCGAGAAAUCGGUGGAGCGGACUAAGUCGUGUGCCAAGACCUAUUGCAAGAGACUAAGAAAGAGUCAGUAUGACAAUCAGUGGGUCAGGAUCAGGAGGCAAUUCUCCAAGUCAAGUAGAUUGUACGACUGAUUUUGUGAGAGCCAAUUGUACAAAUGAAGUUCGAUUGCCUUCCGAGAAAGCCCUGUCGGUGUUAUUUGGAGCUGUGGCAUCUGCUGUGGUGGUACUGGCUGUGGUCUUGGUGGUCGUUACCAUAGUCUGCCAAAGACGACGAAGGGGAACCAAAGCCUACUAUAGCGUGACCAUACAGCCAAGAGACAGUGACACAAGAGAGUCUAUAAGGUCCAAUGCUCCGGUGCUGGAUCUAAGACAGGACCAGUUGGGGAGGUCAGUGGAGGGAGGAGAGAGCGUAGCAAUGGUGGAGACAGUAACACAGAGUGCCUGCACUGAGCCACCAUCAGAAAAGAGUGCAUUGGUUACAGCUGAAGGCUUUAAAAAGGACUGUUUAUCAGUAGCUGCAAGCAAGAGUCAGUUUUCUUUCGAGGACGGCACAUCUCUGCACGACUACCCGGCCAGUGUGGACCUGGAGGUGUCAGGGAGGGACGAGGGAGAGCCGGCGAGAGCAAACAUUAUGGGCUACUGUGACAUAUACAGCAGUCAGAUCCUCGCUCUACCCACUGAGGACACCACGCCAGUGAAGAGAGACCAGUCUCUAAGGCCUGCUCCAAGUUCUCACAGCUCAGGAAGACGACUGAAACGACACUUACCAGCAGCAACAGCUACUCCUACUCCCCAUAUCACAAGAAAGUCCCAAGUGUGGUAUCACAAGGACUGGUUACUAAGAGACCCAGGAGUAACCCAAAUCUACCUGGGUCAGAACCUCUCCCCACAUCACUGUCUCCUGACAUGACAGAGGUGGAGAAGUGGCUGAACCAGAGCCUCACUGACGUAUUGGAAAUGACUCGGGCCAUGGCUCAAGAGACUGGUGCCAGCUACAAUGACACCAUGGAGACCUUUGAACAUGGAUCCUCCACCCAACCCAAACACAACACCAUGGGGCGGCAAGGCUCCUCCCUCCCAUCUCUCCUGGACACCACACCCACACCAUAUCAACAACAACACCUCACCUCUCAUCCUCCCUCCUCUCCAGCCACACCUGCAGCUCCGAGUGUUGGAGCCUCUAUUCGUGGAGGUACUAUCGAUCCCUCUCAGGUCAUGACCCCAGCUAGCCCUCGUGAUCCUCGACCACAGACCAACACUCUGCUGUCCAGCGACGAGACGACAGAGCUCAAAAUCAGCCACGUUUAGACUUAGUUUUUUACCGUGUGCCAUAGCAAUAGUCACUUAAAUACAGUUAGAAGAUACGUAAGAGUUGUGCCUUACUAACUUACUCUACAUCUGGCCUCAAUUCAUAGUCUUGUAUUUCCACCUUCUCUUUCCACCAUUGAUAAUACUUGCUUCGUUGGAGUGGAACCUAUACCCUACACUCAGCUACACUUUGGGAGAAAAGUGUUUA